AUGAAGCCAAUAACGCACACGGUCGGCAAUUUUUUAGAUAUGCUAAAGACAGAGGAUCGUGGCAUCGAUCGAGCAUGCAUAACAUCGCUAGAUGGGGUCAGAAUAGCUUCCAGCAACACGAUAGAAUCGCUUUUAGAGGAGGAUUUCAAAUUAUUAAUAAACGAUAACGAAUACAUUGUCUCGCCGCCGUUACGAGAAAGGUGCACAACAGAGGAUUUACAGAAACUCGGAGACGUACAAGCGCUCGUUGCGCAGUUGUACGAGGCAUUCCACGUGCGGGAAUACCAUGUCGACAUGGAAAGAUCUGUUAUCGCCGAGCUGGAGAAUAUUAGACUACAGCUGGAACCCAUGGAACAGAAAUUGCAAGAGAUACAAAAUGCCGCUUACAAGAAGGCGAAUUUUUUUAUCUGGACGUUCCUAGUCAUGAUGUCUAUCCAAUUUGGGGCGUUGGCCAGAUUAACCUGGUGGGAAUACUCAUGGGAUAUAAUGGAGCCCGUCACUUACUUCGUCACUUAUGGCACUACUAUGAUGUGGUUUAUUUAUUACCUCGUGACUCGACAGGAAUACAUGCUGCCGGACGUGUUGAAUAGACGCCACCUAAUAGUGCUUCACAGAAGAGCGCGAAAGAUCGGUCUUGACAUUGACGUAUACAAUGCGUUGAAGAAUCGCGCGUACGAGUUGGAGACCACGUUGAAAAUUAUUCGCGGCCCUUUAUACGAUUACAAGACGCAACGGAAGCGACAGCAACGCUCCAGAUCAAGCUCCAGUAGCUCAAGAUCACCAAGUUCCUCACCUAGCCUCAGUCCUAGCCCCAGUCCUAGCCCCGAAAAAGACGUUCCUAAAGUUAUAUCCGAAUCAGACAUCCCCGAAGAAAUACGCCGAAGAAUAUAA